GACGAGGUGCCAUCGCUAGGUGAAAGUGUGACCGUGCGCGUGUGAAGAACACAAACCAAUGGAAUAAAGUAAAAAAUUGUAUAUUUUAAAGCGGAAUAAAAUGAUCUGUCGCCUGUGUCUGAACGCGCUCGACGAGCAGAGCGCGGUGCUGCUGUUCGACGGCGCCGGCGGAGCCAGUGCGCCCGCACCGGAGGACGAGGACGAUGGCAAGGCGAUGCCAGAGAGCUACCUGGUCCAACUGAUCUCGAUUCACUUGUACCUCUGCCUCUCCCGCGACGACGCCAUCUCCACCUGCAUUUGCACCGAGUGCUGCUCGCAACUGGAGAGCUUCCACAACUUCUGGAAGCUGGUGGAGCUGAAGCAGACGACGCUGUGCAGCCAGUUCUUGGCCAUCGAUUGCGAUGUCAACUGGUCGGAGGACGGCAGCGAAACGCAGUUGGAUGCGCAGCCGCAGUUUCUGCUGGAGCCGGCGGAGGAGCCCAAGGUGGUGACUCCCACAACGGCGAAUAAGUUUCCCUGCAUGUUCUGCGAGAAGUCCUUCAAGAUGCGCCGCUACCUGGAGGAGCACAUAGCCACGCACACCGGCGACCGACCCAUUGCCUGUCCCUACUGCGAGAUGGCCUUCCGCUGCCGUUCGAAUAUGUACACCCAUGUGAAGAGCAAGCACACCACGCAGUGGCUAAAGGCGCGCGAGGAGCGGGAUGCGGCCAAGUCGAAUCAGAAUCACAUGACGCCGGAGGAGCCCGCUCCAGCAGUUUCAGUUCCUGCUCCAGCUCCCGCUCCUGCACCUUCUGCUUCUCCUGGAAACACAGUACAUCCCGCUGCUACUGCUACUCCUGCUUCGUCUGCAACACCCACCAACAAUCUCGCAGCAGCUCCUCUACCCUCGCCAGCAACUGUCCAACAGCUGCCGCUGUCGGUGAUCAAGAGUCAGCCCAGCGAGGCCAUGAACCUCACCAUAACCAAGACACCGCCAUCCGGCAGUCGCGGCUCACGCAAUCGCGCCAGUCGCCGGAAGACGCACUCGCCCAAAAAAGUUCAGCACACGGAGGGCAGCGAUGUUAGCGACGAGGAUUCGCCGCAGAAAAGGCUCAAGGAGAACGAGCUCAUACUGGCCAACUACAAUGCGGUAGCCGCGGCUGUCGUGGCAGCCGCUUCGCUAACGGGCACUCCGCCCGGACAACCGGAUAGCCUGCAGCAGCGUCUGUGCGCGAGCUAUUUGCAACAGCAAGAGCAGGAACAACUCUUUGCGGUCAUGUCGGCAACGGCGGCUGCAGCGGCGGCCGUGGGAACGAGCAGUGCCACAACGACGACAACUGGAACACUGAUGGCACAUCCCUACGGCAACCACACGCCUUCAGAGACGGACAAACGACCGGCGGCUCCGCUGCAGGCUGUCAUCCAUGCGGCACCCGUUUCGAUCAUUUGUCCCAACUGCGGUGAGCUUCCUGGCCAGAAUCAUCGCUGCCUGAGCAAGCCCAAGUACGCAUGCGAUGUGUGCGGCAAGAGCUUCAAGAUGAAGCGAUAUUUGGAGGAGCACUUUGCCACGCACACAGGCGUCAAGCUGCACACCUGCGCCUUCUGUCCCACGGAAUUCCGCUCCAAGUCGAACAUGUACCACCACACCAAGCGCAAGCACAAAGCGGAGUGGGAGAGAUCGCGGGCCACGCGAUCGGCGGCCAAGGCUGGCGUCCAGGAGCAGAUGCAGCACACCAGCCCGUCACAGGCACAGGCUCAGCCGGGUCCUGCGGCCGCACUCUAGGGUGGCAGCCGGCACCUGGACGCGGUGCAUGCGUAGUCUUAGACACUUACAAUUACAAAUAUAUAUAUAUAUAUUUUUUGCAUAUUAGCCAUACCGAAUGUACUUAUCCGACGUUUCGUGUACUCCACAAAGUCAAGGCGUCCCGUCGCCUGGCACCUAUUGUGUAUACUCCUCUCGUUCUCUAUAAUGCCUUAACCAGUUGGAUUGGAUCUGGUUAUAAAGUAAACACAUUCAUUUCAAAAGAAA